ACCCCUGGGCCCUCCACAGCCACAGCCACAGCGGAACAUGACUGCACCAGUACAACAACACUCUGACUAUCAAAGUCCGCUAGAUGACUAUUUCGAUCGUCCUGGCACUGCCCAGAGCCAGCGGAGCUUCACGGGUGCGCCACCACGGCAGCCUGCGCAGCCACAGUACCAGGCGUACGGCAAUACGUACUCAGAUUUGGAGUCGCAGAGGGGCACGCCGGGUCCUCGGUGACGGGGCGAGUGAUUGUUGAUCUUCUUGCCUAUCCACCUUCUAUGAUACCUCACACCACCAUCUUGCAUCACGCUCUCGGUCACCAAGACAAGACACGCACCUGGGAAGCAAUUCAACCGCGACUCUCUAGAUCUUGGGCGCGAGGGAAGAAAAAACAAAGCUAUGAGUUUGCAUCUUGACUACCAAGGAUCUAUUGGUAGACAUUUGGCUGGUCAACUUUGUCAUGGCCUAUGUAUUUAUGUGGCUUUUUUUUUUUUUUUUUUUUUUUGGUACUAUGAUUUUGUGGAGCGCAAGAGAGCAUUUGAUACCAGCGAUUUGAAGCGACUUUUGUUUUCUUCUUCUUUUAUUUCUAGAGACAAGUUUUUUUAUAUUCUUAUUUCACAUUAACUUUGAUGAUAUCAAACCAGGGGAAGGAUGAUAAAAUACCAUGAGAUACUAUUUAUUCAGCAUGAGAG